AUGGCACGUCAGGUGUUGGUUGUCGCUCUUGUUUUCUUCGCCAUCUUCAGCUACGCUUGUGCCGAGACGGCCAAAGCUCCGGUACCUGACGGCGAUGAGAACCCGGCCGCCAACGCAAUCCCUUCGAUGGCACCGAGUUCCGACGACCAUAUCGGAAACGAUGACGACGGUGAUAACAAUACUGCAGCAGCAGCAAAUGGACCAUCCUCCAACGACGUCGUAGAGGGACCCAUUGGUGGAGCUGGUUUAGAUUCCUUGACUCCAGGUGCUUCUCAUUCUGAAUCUUCUGCUUCUUCCCUUCAGCUCUCUGCCUUUGCCGGACUCGCCGUCGCUGCCGGAUACUUCUUUUAA